AUGAAGAUAACCGUAGAUAGCAGGAGAAAGAAUGUUCUUCCCAAUACGUAUAUACCGGUUUUACUGAAAAAGGUUCUAGGCAACAUUUUGAGUCGGCUCCCCACCAAUUCGAUAGUGCAGUUGUCUCUCUUGUGGCCCAGGCUAGUACAUACCCAACCGCACUUGGAAGGUGAUGAGAAAAACAAGCACAACCAAAGGUUGUUGAACAAGAGGAUAAUACAGGAAAUUAAGAAUUCGUAUACUCCACCUUCUGUACCUGCUGGAUCUUCCAAUUCUAGCACGUCUGCAGCAGCAUGGAGACUCCCUGUGAAACGUAAACUCGUAGACAAGCUCUUAUAUGAGUACUGGACUAAGGGAUUGAACUUACUCCAGAUCUCUCAAAUUGACUGCCAGCUAAUUGUAGAUAGACCGAACGCAUAUUAUUGGAUUCUGUCAACUGUGAAAGAUAGAGGUGGAUUGGGUAAUGAAGUCCCCAUACUGUUGGACCCUCAGCGGUUCUUGAACGAGCUUGCUCUGGACUUGAACACAAUGUACAUGACGUAUAUAUACGUGUGCAGACAUCCGACGUAUCCCUUGGUAAUUAUACGGAUCCAAGUCUUUGACUUACAGCCGAUAUCAUCCUCGACUUUGUCUUCCAAGGCUUCACAUAACAGUAACCCACAUAUAACUUCACAUAAGCCAUAUUUCCUAGCCAUCCCGUUGAACUCACCUCACAUCAUCCAUUCACCAGGUCAGUCUGUAGUUUCCAAGAUAGUGCUACAAGCGGUAGAGAGAAAUUUGUCUCAAGAUCCUACUAACAUAUUGAGCUUGCAAACGGAUGAAAAUCAAAAGCCCGUGAGGUCAUUGGAAUCCAUGCACAUCCUCAAGGGUAACUCGAGAUUUGGGGGCAGUUUGGGAGCGUGGACUCCAUACGCAGAUGGAACAGUAGAUGCUUUGCCAUUAGAUGAAGUAGAAAGUCAUAAAUUAAUAGAGAAAGAAAUGGCGUUGCAGGACGAUGCUGAGAAUGGGGAAGAUGAAAUGCAGAAAUUGAAAAAGAUUGCAAAUUUGAGAUUUAAAGGAUCUGAAGACGGUAGAUUCAAAUCUGACCGAUUUUAUGAUGAUGUGAAGCCAAUUUCGAAAAGACGUAAGAAGUUUGGAGGUGCUGUUUCCUUCAAUAACAUUGAAGAUAGAGAGGAGGUAAACGACGGAUACGAAGAAGUCCAGAAUCUGGAACGCACUGAAUUCUCUUCCAUCGCUCCAGUACAGUAUGUCGAUUUUACUUUACAAGACACAAUUUUAGAUCUACAAGAAGAGAGUAGCGGCAUUGUGCUAAAGCUUUCCGGGAGUGACGUAUUUGCUGGGCUACACGAACUCUCAGUACAAACUACUGAAAGGGAUAGUAUGAUCCUUAAUCCUGAGUUGGUGCCUGGUUGGCUUACAGGAGAAGAAGGUGCCUCAUCUGGUACUGUCAAAAAUGGCUCCUUCUUAAAGAGCUAA